UAAGAGAUUAUACGCCGUUUGUUUUAUGUUUAUUAAUAUAUUUAUGGCUAAAAUAUGAUCGGUGUAAUUUUAUCUCUUAGCGAAACAGCUUGUUGUGUGCACGUCGCUGGCAGCAGGCGCCCCUAGCGCUGUUUUUGUCUGCCGCUCACGUUGCAAAGAGCGUGAUCGCUCUCCCUUACGUUCGACGCGGCGUGCGGCGUUUGUUUCGCGCGAGAGCUACCCCGAGAGAUAGUAAUUCGCAAACAGCCGACACGACCAGUCCGAAUGCGCCGCUACCACAUCGCACAUCAACGACGUACCACUGCGUAGUAAUUAUGCGACCAGCGAUUGUUUGAAACAAUCACCCAACCAAAACAAAAGUCAAACAAAACAAUUCAAACUAGAUACACGCAACCAGAAACGGAGACAAAAUGGAGUCGGAGUCGGGCACCACCAACACGAAAAUAUCCGAUUCGGGAUAUUCAAACAGCUGCAGUAAUAGUAACUCACAACGAAGCGCUAGUUCAAAAUCUCGCCACAGCGGAUCCAACUCAAGCCGUAGCAGUGGUUAUUGCGGAGCGCCUACUGUAGAUGGCAGCACUGAUGGCCCACCACCGCCGAGUAAACGCGCAAAAGACAAAAAUAAGAAGAAGAGUAAAUCGUCAACCAACACUAUCACCAGUACAAAGUGUGAAACAGUCACACCGGUUGAAAGAACCACUAUCAACAAUAAAGACGUUAUUGUUGAGAAUACGCCGGAAGCAUUACCAUCAACCACAGCGGCAGAGUUGCCAGUUGCCAACACAAACGUAGAAAAUGGCGGCGUGGAACCUGGCGACUCCGCCAUUAUUAAAGACAUCAUUGAACCAACUGAACCUAUCACCAACAGUGAGUUGUCACCAUGGGCACCGGCUAGAAUGGACGCGGAUGGUGACGCUGAGGAAAACAUCUCACCAACCACUUUGGAUGAUGAUGUUGAGUUGAUGAAGAUGCCGCCGGAGAUUUGCGACAACAAGAUACCCAGUCAACCAGAGGACGGAUUUUGUUGCGUCAUCUCGAUGUACGACGGAAUGGUGCUGUACACGACGCCGAACCUUACAACACUGCUAGGUUUCCCCAAGGACAUGUGGCUGGGCAGGUCCUUUAUUGAUUUCGUCCAUCCUAAGGACCGCGAGACGUUUUCGAAUCAAAUCACCACCAAGAUUGUGCUGCCCUGUGUCACCGACAAGAAUAACGAUAUUAAGAAUACGUUAUAUGUCUGUUUGCGAAAGUAUCGCGGCCUGAAGUCGAAUGGUUACAGCGUUGUCGAGAAAGCGGUGACGCAUGAAGCCUACCAACUUACAAUCACCUUUCGGCACAUCACAGACAGCACCGUGAAAAUGAUCGAGAACAAUGCCAAUAUGUUUCUUGUUGUGGUAGCUGUGCCGGUCUUCUCUUCGUACAAAGUACCGGUGGAAACACGCAAGAGUCCAAAAUUUGGCAUGCGUCACACGUCGACGUGUAUCUUCAGCCAUGUGGAUCCUGAUGUUGUUACCAACUUCGGGUUUCUGCCGCAGGACAUGCUUGGAAAGUCAGUGUUUGAUUUUUAUCAUCCAGAGGAUAUGCCUUUUUUGAAAGAGGUGUACGAAUCGGUAUUGCAUAUGUGUCAAAUUGCCGGUUCGGUGUUUCGGAGUAAGCCGUAUCGCUUCGCGGUACAAAAUGGCGGAUUCGCCAUGAUUGAAACCGAAUGGUCUAGUUUUGUUAAUCCAUGGUCACGUCGGCUGGAAUUUGUAAUUGGUUUACAUAGAGUAUUGCAAGGACCUUUGAAUCCUAACAUUUUCGAGCAGCCCAAGGACGAUGAAUGGAAAUUAGUUUCGGAAGAAGUUGUCAAAGAAAGUAAAAUCAUACAAAACGAAAUUUUAGUACUACUCAACGCUGAAUUAGCAAGACCCACUGAAAACGUCAAACAUGAAGUUUCCAAACGCUGCAAAGAUCUUGCGACAUUCAUGGAGAAUCUUAUGGGAGAGGUUGACAAAUCUAACCUACAAAUUGACUUACCACAAGACGCGACUAUAUCUGACAGAGAUUCUGUAAUGUUGGGUGAAAUCUCGCCGCAUCACGAUUAUUAUGACAGCAAAUCGUCAUCGGAAACGCCACCUAGCUACAACCAAUUGAAUUACAAUGAAAACAUUCAGCGAUUCUUUCAGAGUAAACCGAAAACAACAGUUUCAGAUGGUAGUGGUGAACGACAUGGCCCCUUACAGAGUACAACGGAUACGGAUCCGGAAGCUAAGAGUGCUACACAAGAAUGCGGCGCAAAUAAUCAGAAGUGUUUAUCACCAGUACAAAACAGUGGCGCAUCCGGAAGUGGCAGCGCUGGUAAUUUAAGUUCCGGAAGUAAUGUCAAUAUGGAAACUGGCACUACAAGUGCCACUCAUACUUCGAAUGAUUCCUACAAACCACCACAUCUUACCGAAGCUUUAUUAUUCAAACAUAAUGAAGACAUGGAGAAAAUGAUGGUUAAGCAUCGCGAUCAUCGCACAAGCAUCAAAGCCGAUCGUGAGAAUAAAAAAAUGCACAAAACUGAGAAAUCCACAAUUGAAAAGGCAGAAAAAGCCGACGUUGCCAAUGUUGGCGGGCAUGGCGUCAAAAGGAGUGGUUCACAGUCCUGGGAGGGUGAUAGUCAUAAAGUUUCCAAAUAUAAACAUUUAAUUGGUCAGGACGCAAGCAAUGAGCAUGCGAAUACCGCGCAUGGAAACGCCCUCGCUGCAAAUAAGACACACGUACACACGCCUACAACAAAUCCAGCCAACAACCAACCAGUAAAUUAACAAUAAAUUAAUAAUAAAUUACAAUUUAAUUUAAUGCUUUUUUAUGUGUAGAUGAAUAACGUUAACUUGUGGCCGCCAUUUUCGGUGACGAUGACACCGUCAAUGACUCCAUCUUGUGGCAUAACCUCCACACCACACACUACUAACGGGUAUACUACAGGAAUCCUGCCGAUUUAUUACAUACCGACUACUCAGAGGACUUUCAACCCUGAUAAUGCACUCAAUUCAAACUUCCAAGUUCAAUAUAUGUCGCCAAUGAUGUACAACUACAAUCCGAUGUUUCCGGCGUCUCCGAUUUUCUGUUCGCCGUUGUCAAUGCUUCCGGUACCGGUAUCGCAGCAAAUGGUGGCUCCGGAGCCACUCCUACCAGCCGCAGCUUCUUCCAAUGCAAACUGUGCUACUCAAGAUGGGCAUAAACCAAGCACACUCAGUGCCCAAUCAACGCCGAUGUUUCAACGCCCUGCCUCGCAAGCUACAAGUGUAAAAGCGGAGCCUGGUAGUGCUAUGGGUUCGAUUGCAUCCGCUAGUGUUGCAAAUAAGGCAAUGUCGGAAUGCUCGCGAAAAGAUUUAGCGCUCCAAUCGGUUUGCUCUCCCGACUCGCCGCUGGUCAGUCCGCCUGACGGCGAAGCCGAACUGGACAAUUUUUAUUUGAACAGCAAGACGGCUGAGAGUAACGACCUUAAAAGCCAGAUUAAUCAGUAUCGUGACACUCAGGCUGGUGAUGAAGAGUCGAGUUAUUCCAGUUUUUAUUCAUCCUUUUUAAAAACCGAUACUGGAUCAGGAUCGAAUGAUGAUUGCAACAAUAUGGAGAAUCAGACUAAUAAAAGUGAUGAUAAUAGUUGGACGAAAGACCAAAGUUGUCCAAUCCGUAAACGCGACCCCCCGUGGCUGGAAGCCGUAUCAGUCACACCGGAACUGAUCUAUCGCUACCAGAUGUCGCUGAAAGGCCUCGAAGACAUCUUGCAAUCCGAUCUGGACUCUCUGAAGGACAUCUCCCAGCCAAUGCUAGUAAACGAUCAGCUGAAUCAGCUCUACAUCGAGAUGGAAUUAGACGGACUGUCGAAGAAGUUAACCCUAGAGGAAGGCAUCACAUCCUCGAGCAGCAGCGGCGAGGAUAAUCAAGCGCGCGUUUUAAAACAGCCGAGAAAGAAGCGACGUUCGUAUAGCUCGCUGAUGAUGAUCUACGAGGAGAAUGCGCCAUUUCCGCCACCAGAAUGAUCACUAUGCUCCGCCCACAUUCGGACACUUCACACUGAUAUUGCUUGCUUCAAUCAAAGUACACGAUGUAAAUAUGAAUGCCUUACAGAUGCACAAAUGAACACAAACAGGAAACUUGUUGAUGUUGCUGAAUCUGCUAGGUGGACACAAGUAAGAAAAACCAACAAAAAAAUAUCAAGCAAACAUUUAAAGUUUAACCGCUUAUUGUGUUGAGUUAGGUAUUUAGUACGUAGAUUAGCGUUUAACUAGAUUAAUGUUCACUUUUUUUACGUCUUCUUUUUACACACUUGAUAUUUUUGUAAAAUUCAGUGUAAUUUUGGAUGCCUAAUAUCUACUACGAGUUUAUGAAUAUUAUACAUUGAUAUAUUUAUUCACUAAUAAUUAAAAAGAAAUUGGUAUUAACCAAAAAA